ACAGACGUAUUGCCGUCAAUAUUUCGGUAUCGAGAACCACAGAAUACUCUGAUCAGAAUCUGAAUACUCAAUGUGUCAGAGAAAGUAAUUUAUUAUACUAAAUAUUAAUACGAACUAUUCAUUUUUCGGCACCAAGGCCCGGCAAUGAGUGUUUUCUGUCGAAAAUUUGCAGUUUUCUGGCCCAAGUUGGUGCUGGUACUGCAGGUUGUGUGAUAGCUUCCCAUUUAGUUCGUGAUCUGAAAAGCCCAACUGUUUUGUUGAUUGAGGCUGGAGAGUAUUUUCCAUGGUGGUCUUCUAUACCUUUAGCUGCUCCUUUUCUUCAAGAAACUUCUUAUGAUUGGGCUUAUCGAACCAUUCCACAAAAAUUUUCUUCUCGGGGCUUAAAUAAUGAGACUUCAGCGUGGCCUAGGGGACGAGGCGUUGGUGGAAGUGGUAAAAUCAAUUACAUGGUACAUUUCUCAGGUAUUGAGGAAGAUUUUGAAACGUGGAGAAAUAUGGGGGUUGAAGGUUGGAGUUAUAAUAAUAUUCAGACAACUAUGAGCAAGUUACUAAUAUCAGAAAGAGGAGAGAAGUAUUUCACAAAAACAAACAAUUCGUGCUCAAAUAAUUAUAAGUCAGUGUUUUCCCUAGCUGUUGAUAACAUUUGCCAAAGAAAGCUCCAUGAGAAGGCACAUAAAAUUUAUCAUCCUAAACUUCAUAUAACUACACUGUCUCCAGAAAUGUCAACCCUUGCGGCAGCAUUUACAGAAGGUGGUGAAGUAAUGAAGAGAUUGGGAUAUGAUAAAGUAUCAUUUUCAUCUGCCUAUAGUACAAUAAAGGAAGGACAUCGUUGGAGUACUUUUGAUGGGUUUUUGAAACCUUAUUUAGCACAAAGUAACAUAAAUAUGCUUCUUAAAUCAGUAGUUUCAAAGGUUUUAUUUUCAGAAAAAAGAAGAGCUAUUGGUGUGGAAAUAAUUAAACCAACAAACCAGACAGUUCAUGUCUACAGCAAAAAUGAAAUUAUUCUUUGUUCUGGAUCUAUAAAUUCUCCUCAGAUACUUCUUCUAUCAGGAAUUGGACCCCAUUAUCAGUUACAAAAAUUUGGGAUUCCUCUAAUUAAAGAUUUACCAGUUGGUUUGGGACUCCAUGAUCACUUAAACAUUCCCUUAUAUGUAAGCAUCAAAAAUCCCAUAAGUAUCACAAUGGAUAAAAUUCUCAGUUUCUCUCAACUUCUUCACUAUGUAAUGUUCAGAAAAGGUCAUUUAGCAUCAUCAGGAAUUGUUGGUGUUGGUUCUGUUUCUUCCAACAUAGGCAUUGUUUUGUUUGGAUUAGGAUCAGUAAAUGAAGAUUUGUUACGGAGAGUGGCAAAUUAUAAGCUGGAUACUUUUAGAUCAUUAUUUCCUUUCAGCAAAAAUUCUAGCCAAGAGGGCUUUGUCUUAUUGGUUUCAUGUUUACAACCAGUCAGUAGAGGUUUCGUUGCUCUCCAAAGUUCAGAUCCAAUGCAGCCACCACUAAUUGACCCUCAGUAUCUUUCACAAAAACAAGAUGUUGUGUGUAUGUCAGAUGGUGUAAAAUUUGCUGCUCGCAUGAUGAAAACUCAACCGUUUCAAGAUUUAGGAGCUCGUCUCCAUCUACCUCAUUUGAAUGAAUGCAAGCACAGCACACCACAUUUUGAAGAUGAUGCAUACUUAGAGUGUCUUGUAAGGACAGCUGCUAUCACUGGCUAUCAUCCAGCUGGAACAUGCAAAAUGGGAAGAACAUCAGAUCCAACAACAGUUGUUGAUUCAUUUCUAAGGGUUCAUGGAACAUCUGGCUUACGAGUAGUUGAUGCAAGUGUAAUGCCUACUCCUAUAUCUGGUCAUCCCAACUCCAUCAUUACAACAUUAGCUGAAAGGGCGGCAUCUUUCAUACUUAAUUCCACAGAAUCUGACCAACUAUAACUGAGACCUGUUUUUCGUUUGCUCACUGGAUUGCAGCAAAAAAACUGAGUUGUGUGAUCAAAGAAAAACUUCAUCUUAAUCACGAGAAAGUGUCAUUACUAAUAGAAUGUAUAUGUAGUUCAUUCUUAAUUUUUAAACUUUUUACUUAAACGUGUACAGAAGAUGUGUGAAAUGGUAAUCCUAAAUUCCAAAAUUAAAAGUAGUACUUUUGAAACCAACUUGUUCAAUGUUACAAUACAUUUGUCUGCUGAAAGUGACAACAUCUCUUGGUUGUCAAUUGCAUUACAAUUGUCAGUAUGCCUGUGAAAUCACAACUAUAUUUUGCUAAUACAAUUGUGUGUGCAUUUAAGAAAAAUUAUGGACUUGAGAAUGUGCUAAUGUGACUCGAGAAUAUGACUUGUAUCAUCUUUUAAACAAAUUUAACUACACAACACAAACUUUUUUGGAAGUAUCAUUUACAAAGCAAACACACUUUGUCCUUUCAACUAAUUUUGUGGCAUAAUUCCAAUCACUAAAAAUUGUGUUUUUAACAUUG